AUGGCUGGACCGUUCAUCGAGAAGUACCGCGAGACGGUCGAGGAGCUGCACCACGCCGAGUACUCGCUUCCAGACGGCGCCUCGCUCACCCUCGACAUCCUGGACACGUCGGGCGCCUUCGCCUUCCCGGCCAUGCGCCAGCUGUCCAUCAAGAGGGCCAACGCCUUCAUCCUCGUCUUCGCCGUCGACGACGCCCGCUCCUGGGAGGAGGUGGCCAGGCUGCGGCAGGAGAUCCUGGAGAGCCGCGAGCCGCGCGUGCCCAUCGUGGUGGUUGGCAACAAGACGGACCUGGAGCUGCCCGAGGGCCGGCCCAUCAAGCGGGAGAUCACCGAGACGACGGCGCGCCUCGACUGGGAGUGCGGCUACGUGGAGUGCUCGGCCAAGGACAACCAGAGCAUCAUCGACGUGUUCAAGGAGCUGCUCAACGUGUCCAAGAUCUCGCCUCAGAUCUUGAGGAAUGUUCUCAAAAACUGA